AUGACUGAGGACGAGAAACGAAAUUUCUUCAGCCUUGCAUCUUCACGAGCUCCAGGCAAACGACAGAUUAAACCAAAUGCUAAUAUUUUGCUCGAUGCUAUUCCACUCAGCGACAGUGAUGAAGAUGAUGAUUUCAUUGCUGGAAGGGUUGGCGACGAGUCGUCAUCUAAUUCGGAUCUGUCAAGCAGUGACGGUGAUGAAGAGAAAGAUGAAAACGACGGUAACGCGCAAACUUCAGAUUCGAGUGAGUCGGAACCUGGACCUGAAAAGCACCAGAAUGAGGAUACGAAACCAGAAUUCAAUGUUAUAGGUGCAAAUGGUUACAACAUUCAGCCAGGUCAGUUGAUCUGCACAUUAUGUCUGAAUCAACGUGCUAUCGUGCGCAAUGAUGAAGUAAUUCAAUGUGAUAGAUGUGGUGUGGCAGUGCACGAGAAUUGUUACAUUACCGAAAAUGUAGGGGAUUCCGAGAGCGAUGGUUCCAGUUCAUCAACCGAACCUUGGUUUUGUGAAGCAUGUUUGUAUGGUCUCAGAGAACCACCAUAUUGUGAGCUAUGCCCAAAUAGAUUUGGUGCUUUCAAAAAAGCUGACAUUGGUGGUGGUUGGGUACAUUUGUUAUGCGCGCUAUAUACUCCGGGUAUAACAUUUGGUGAUGUGGAGCGUUUGUCAGCUAUUAGUUGGCAAGAACAAGAUUAUAAAUUAUUUGGCAAACGAGCUUGCAUCGCAUGUUCUGACCCGCUGUUAGCACGUACGGGUAUUGCAGUGCCAUGCGAUGCGGCACUAUGCAAAAAUCACCUUCAUGUCACUUGUGCACAAAGAUUAGGUUUAUUGAUCGAUAACACAGAGAAAAGUGUCGAUUCGAACUUGUCAAAUAGCACGAACACAAAUAGUAAUAAUCUCACAGCAUAUGACGUUGAAACAGUAGAUCCACUUUAUUUAACUUGCAAGCGUCAUGCGAAUGAGAAUCUGAUGAAGCAACGAAAAGCAAUGUGUGAAUUGGUAUAUAAACAGGAGGAAGCGCGAAUGUUGGGAAUCCGUAAACGAGUUCUCAAUGAACGAGAAGAACGAAAAAGGAUACAAAUGUUGGAACGGCACAAAAAAGCGAUGAAAGCCCUGGAAGGUAUUACAAUUGCAUGGCCCGAGCAUGAUAACAAACGUCCGCGUCUAUUUCAUACAAGUGCUCAGUAUCUCGAAUUAUUUUUUGAAAAAGCGAAAAGUAGCGGUAUAAAUCGGCAGAAAUUUUUGGAAAAUUUCAUCAAAGUUGAUGGCGCUCAACUACAGUAUCUCCCUCCGGGUUUCUCAAGCGAAUUUAUUGAAUAUUUCAAUCAUCGUAAGAAUCUUAUUCCACAAGAAACUGAGAAACUGGAAAAAUUGAAGCAGGAAAACGAAAAAUUACGAACUGAGCAGAAAAAACUACAAGAGUUGUUGCAGAGUCCCGUACUUCCGUUUUUUGAUGAUUCGAAGGUGCUACAAGAAUGGUAUGAUACUCUACAUACUUUGGGAUUACGAAAGCUUGAAAAGCCAUCACCGCCAGUUGAAAAUAAAGCGAAGAAAAAUACGCCGAGAAAAUCACAAAGCUUUCUAGCGGCAAGAAGUCCCUCUACCAGUAAACCCUCAACAUCUGCAAGAGUGUCAGGGAAAAAAAACUCAUUAAAUAGUGCCGUUUUUGAAGGAAUAGAUCUAAAGAUAAAUUUCUGUGAUGAGUGCAAAAAGACAACUGAUCAGCACCUGAUGACUCAAUGUGAUAAAUGCUAUAAAUAUUAUCAUUUGGCAUGUUUGGAACCACCUUUGUUGAAAAUGCCAAAGAAAACAAGUACUCAGGGAUGGAUGUGUUCGGUGUGUUGUGAUGUAAGCAGUGACAGCGAUGCCGAAAUGGUAAAAAUAUCGUAUGGCGGCCGGAGAAAGUUACGGAAUCGAUCUUUGGCUUUAGAAAAACGAAAAGAAGCGGAAAAAGCCGAAUGCCAAGCAUCCAAAGUGGCAGUACUUUUUACGAAGCAGUCCGAAACCGAUGACAAAUAUCAGAACAAGGCUACUCUAUUCACUUCGCCAGACAAAACUAAGAAAACUACCAGUUCUAGCCCUACAAAUCAUUCGUCUCCGACAACAGUUAUUCGUAAGCGACGCAUUUCAGAUCAUCCGAAAAAAAAUUCAUUUGGUGAUUUUAACGGGAUCCAUCAGCACAACAAUUCGGUCGCAAAAAGAGUUCCUAGCUUAUCACCGGUGCCUCAUAUGCCAAAACUAAAGCGUCGUCGCAGUGUUAAUUCUUUGCCGCCCACACUACCAAAGUUCAAAUCAAAUGAAACUGCUCAUUUAAAUGAGGUUGCUCAAAGCUAA